CAAAAGUGCAACUGAGAAGAGAUUCUGGAACCAGGUACACUGAGAGGCUGAACUUUCAGGAGGGGCUGUAGGACAGAAUUGGGCAUGCCAGAAAUGUGCUUAAGUGCCCUCGUGCAGGUGCUGUGCUUCAGUCUGAGGUUCAGAGCAUUGGGGUGGUAUAGGGACAGAAGAGCUCCUUCUUGGGAGAGCAGGCUGGCAACGGGCCCAUGAAAAAGCUGCUGUUGACAACAGCUUCAAAGUCUCGCUGUGACUCGGAUGCUACUGUACUCUAACACAGUACAGUACUGAAAACCACCCUGGGCCCUGCAGGAGUGCAGAAAGAGGGAAGAUGAAAGACUUUCAGAGUAGGAUGUUGUCACUUCAGAUAAAACAAGAUAAAGUUGUAAGUAAUCAUAAAUCUUUGUGUAUAUGACUGUUAAAAGAUACAAGUCCAGUAUUUUCCAAUGAUUCUGGUAUUUUUUAAUUAUUAGAAUAAUAAGAUUUCAACUACAUUAAAAAUUCUCUUAAGCCCUCUCCAAAAAAAGCACCCUUUGUUCAUGGGUUAUAGAAAAUUGAACUCUAGCAGUUUAUUUCUUCUUUAUUCAAACAGCAGCUUUUUAAUGAACUUGUAAUCAGAGGGAAGCUUUUAAAAAUAAAGCCUUGUGCUACCUUCAGUAAGGAGGCAUCUUCCUCAGCAGAAGCUCAAAAUAACUUUUAACCACAUAUCUCCUGCUGCUUGUAAAAAUCUUCCACUCUAUCUGUCUUGCCUUUAACAGUCUUGGUGCACUCAUUCAGCAGUAAUAGAAAAGGAAAAUGAAUGUAAAGAAAAUAGUAAAAAAGCCUUCAGGAAGAGUUACAAAAUACUGACUCUUCCCACACACCUCUUGUCUCACACUGGACCAGUCUCACAUUCCAUUUCACUUACCCAGGCAAAGUGGCUUCAUUUGAGAGCUUCAUUUUGUGUUGAAGGGCUUCUCUCCAGUUGCUGGCAUGGCCUCUCUCUUACUCUCUUGCACUCUUACCAGCCUCUUGCACUAAUAAAUGUCUACCUAAGUACUGAAACUUUGCAGCUGGUGAGAUGAUAAGGAAAUUACAAAUUACUGUUACAAUACCAUAUCUUACCAAGAUUCUGGGGUUUGAGACAUUAAUCCUGCUAUUGGUUCCACUUCUGUAGAGCUGAGGUAACUUCAGAAUUCUGAGGUGUCACCCAAGGCUAUCAGGCAGUAGCAUCUGAACAGCAGAGAACACAAAUCUAGUAAUUACAGUGCAGCUUCUUUCGUAGUUUCUCUUCAGUAAUACAACUCAGUGAGGCAUCACAGUGCAAGCAUUUUUGCUGUAUUUGUUUGUAUUAGAUUCUUUAAGAGACCACAGGAUUAUCACGCAAGGAUAUCCAGGAACCUUCUGACUGAGCUCAAUAAAUAGGAGUCCAUCCCUUUCUCUGGCACAGCUGAGGCAGGGUGCUCAUCUCCUAAAAUCACUGGGAAAAGUGUAGCAAAAAUCCCAUAUUAGUGAAAGCUGCUUGCCUGUUUUAACCCCACUGAAGUAUUAACGGGAAGGAUCCUUUGAGAAGGACAGAAGCCUAAAGCCAGAGGUGGUGUGGAUCAGGUUGGUCAGACAGGUCUGGCAGCAUUUGUUGUAGAACAAACACCUCUGUUCCUGCUGUCUACAUUUGCUGUGGCACAACACCUUUCUCUUUUCUAGCCAUGAAGGCUGAAACCCCAAUGACAGAGAAGCAUAUUUUCCCUUCAUCCUCACAAAAAACACUAAGUAAAAUUUGCAUCAUGUAACACUUAUGUAUGUCAAAAAGGAAAAAGGAAAAUAUCCCCCUGGAUGCACCCUGGCUGACAGUAGGCUGCUGUGUGAACUUGGACACGAGGAACACACCCUACUGUGGAGCUGGGCGAUGAACAUAUCCUCAGAGACAUGGUUUGGCAGUGGAUUCCAGUCUUGAUGCCAGCGUAACAGAAUUCUCUUUCUGUUGGUCUUCCUGAAGGAUGGGCUGCUCUGUGCCUUCUACAGCAGGGUGACCCAGGCAUGACUAGCACAUGUGACACAUCAUGUCCUGUCAGGAAGACAUCAUUUUCUCUCCAUAAUCAGUGUGAAGAUUAGGGGACCCUUUCCAGACUUUACAUGUCACUGUGGGUUAGUGUGGACAAACUUCAUCCACGUGGUUCCCUCUUGGUUGCAGAUAGGAGUGACAGUUCUCACCAAGAACCCUUGUUCCACAAGCACAGGGAGGAGAGAGUUAAGCAAGACCCAGCAAUAUUUAGGAUCAAAGUCUGGGCUCCUCUUGUUGGCUUUUGGCUGAUCCCAGAGAGAUUUGGUUUGCUAAACAUGGGGAAAUUCCUCACUCAAAAAAUCCCAAACAACAAACCAACAAAACACAGCAUAAAACAACAAAGAAAGAGAAUGAACACUUUUGUUUUGCCAAACUAAGACAGAAACUAGGAGAGAAAGGCAGGUGCCAGAGCCCAGGAGAAAGUGUCUGUGGCAGCUGACAUGUUGGCCCACCUAUCAUUUAAAAGCCAGACUGGAAAACACCUUUGAGAUUAUCCAUGCAUUUAGAAGUAGGCAUUCAGAUCUAAACACCUCACUAGUGUGAGGCCUUCCCUGGCUCAGGAGGGGCUGAAGAGUCAGUGCUGCAGUGUUAGAUGCAGUGCAGUGCUUAGCUGUGGGUGUGUUAACCCUGUGCCUUCACACUAAUGUUGAGAAGUCAAGGACCAGAUCACAUAACCCUUAUGUAACCAACACUGCUUUGAGGAGCCUUCCUGGAUUCCAGUUUUGUAUAUUGAUACUAAGGUUGUCUGGUAAAUGGUUCUUGCGGUGUGUGCCUUGAGAGUCAAGACACUUAGUCCUGGCACUCUGGAUUGAACAGGGAGCAGGUGUGCUUGAGACAAACGUACAAAAAGUGCAGAGGAGCAGCAGCUCUGCCCCUACAACCGACAGCAGGUAGAAGGAAAUGUCUAGCUGGGCCAGGUCUCACUUCAGCAUUUCAGGUAGCAAUGGUUCAGGUUAGAAGUGUUUUGGAAGAAACUGAGCUUGGAAAUAGCAAAAGGAAUAUUGUGCCUGUGAAGCAGUGAAAGAACAAGAAUGCUGUCCCAAAUAUUGCCAGCUGAGUUGUGAUCCGCACUCCAAAUACAGACUGGUGAGAUCAGUUGAACAUGGACAGAAGGAAUAUUUUGGGGGCAAGAGAAAGAAACAUAUCUGUCAGACGGUCAUCUUUGCAGGAGGAAGCAGAUAGAGCCAGGAGUUCCUGCAGGACCACAGAGAGCAGCAAUGGGGAGCAGCAGCAGAUCCUGGAGAGGGUGUCCCAGUUAGCAUUUAGGUGCUGCUUUCUGGAACAGGCACUAAAGCUUCAGAGUAGUGAGAGCCCACUGGGGAUGAGUGAUAGACCAGUGCAAAUUUAGAUGCCUGUCAAGCCUAGCCAACAAACUGGGAGGAAAAUGAAGUAAAGGAGGAGUGGUUAAUACUAGUUCACUUUUCAAAAUCUCAGCAGUAGAGGCAACCAAAACACCCUGGGGAGAAAGAACCAUGGGUUGCCAGCUUUCUCCGGUGUGUCCUGCAGGCACAGGUAUAUGCCCAAACACAUAUACCUUUCCCCUUCAGUAAAGAACACAUUUGUGCCACACAGCACAAACACAUAAUUCUAAAAUCAUGUAAUAGUUUGGUUUGGAAGAGGCCUUCAAAGGUCAUCUAGUCUCAUCCCCCUGCAACAAGCAGGGACAAUGCCAUGAAGAGAUGAGCAAGGUGCCUGGGCAGUCAUCAAAAAUAAUCUAACUUGGAGAAAGAUGAAUAGAUCCUUUGAUUGCUGUACUGCUUCUGCCACCUGAACUGGCAUAGCUUUGCACUGGGUAAGGAAGAUACACUGAGAGACCUCUUAAAAAGUUUUGCUGCAGAUGAAGAAAUUUCCUUGAAAAGGCUAAGAGCCAUAAACAAGUUUCUGGUUUUCUCAGUUAUACUGGGUUUGUGUGGCAAUGUUUUGGUGGAGGUGGGUGGGGGAUGCUACAGCUUCUCAUGUCAUACAGACCCAAUGCCAGACACUCCAAGACAGAUGCAUUGCUGGUCAAGGUCAAGUCUAUCAGCAGUGGUGGCAGAGCCUCUGGGAUAAAAUAUUUAAGAAGGGGAGAGGUGGGGGGGAGGGGAAUCCUUCACAAGAGCAAUGGCAGAUAAAGAAGAGAAGAAUAAGAAUAUAUGAGAGGAUAUAACAGCUCUAGAGAUGCCCAGGUGAAGCAAUCAGUGACUGUUCUCUCCCUGCCCUUAUCUCAUGAGCCUUUCAUUAUAUUUUCACUCCCAUGUCCAUUUGAGGUGGAGAGUGAUAGAAAUUCCCUUACAGAACUGUCCCUUUGUGCUCCUGGUCUCACCAGGAAAGUUAUACCUGAGUAACUGGGCUAACUGCUUUUCACUCCAGGCUGUUGUCCACCAGUAUAUUUUCAGUAGAUUUAUCUGUGCUGCUUGAUUCUCUAACAUACCUGUCCCACAGCAUUAGCAAGUUCCUGUCUUUGUGCAGUCUAGAUUAUAUUUAAGGAAACAAACCCAUCAUCCCUCAGGAAUGGAUGUAAGCACAUGCUUGCUUUUUCUCUGUGGCACAAAAUUAAUCAACUCACCUUCUCAAUUUGUUGUUCCUGUGAGGAAACAUUUAGUAAUGUGCCUCCCAUUACUUCUUUGGUUUCUUUUUUAAUUUUUUUUUUACCACUUCUGAAAUCAAAGUGGAAAAGUCAAUGUUAUCAAAGCUCUAACUAUUUCAUGCAUGAAGACCUAGAGAUCAAAUGAUAACAGCAGCUGCCCACUCUUAGAAGAGAAGUGAAAGGUUAUACAUCUGCUGUAAUAUGAAUUGAGACAGAUGUGUUAGCUGAGAGGAUCCUAUGUCAGCAAGUAUUUUCACUGUCAUCUGCUUGGCGUAACACAGCUCUGUGCAUGUCCUUUCCCUCCUAAUCCACACAGAAAUAAAUAAUUAUGCUCAGUGCUCUAAAGGGGUCAUGGUGCAACUCUUCUGCUGUGAAAAUUAAGUGCCUGAAACAUAUAAAACUUGUUAAAAGCAAAAUUAUUUAAACGUGUUUAAUUGUCUCACUGAUUAGUAUCUGAGCAUAGAGAGGAUGUGUGAUUAGGACACAACUUCCUUGCUAUGCCAGCCUGCACAAGUGGCAUCUUAUUGAUGACUGUAUGGGACCAGUAAUUCCUCCUGUCCAGAAGACCUGGAAGCAGAUUUUCCUCCUUGCAGAGCAAUCUCUUGUGGCAUUUUCUCUCUGGGUAGCCUCAGAUCAUUGAUGUGGUUAGUGGCAUAGAUGUAAAACGAGGGAGUCAUUGUCUCAUUGAAGUGGCCAGCCAGCACCUCCAGUUUGUCUUAGCAAUCAGCAAAAUCACAGCUCACGUGCUGAAAGGCACACACUGUAACUUGGUCCCCGCAGGAGGAAAGAAGUCGUCUCUGGUCUGUAUCCAGCCCACACAGGGACUGCAUAUUGCGCAGACACAAAUUCAAAUAUCAUUCUUCCAUUUCAUCAUCCGUGGCUUUAGAUGGGAGCUGGGAUUAUCGAUGCCUUAAAACUUCCAUACUGCACAUCCAGUUGCAGCAUUAGGUAUAUAAACAACUUUUAAACUAUCUUUAGCUCUCACUCAGGCUAUGAAGCCCGCUGCUGGAGAGAUGGGAUUGGGGCAUUCCAGUGGCGUGGGUCUCUUGUAAAAAGCAGUCAUAUGAAGAAAGUACAAGUCUAAAAAGAAAUCAGGUCACUGAAUUCAACAUAUUCAGGUUAAAAUGUAAAUGCUUGGGGGUACAGAGUGAUGACAGGCUCUGAGAAACUACUUUGGUAGUUAUUUCAAUGAGACAUGAAAUAGAGAGUGUGUGACUGAGUGAAACAAUGAAAAAAUUUUCACCACAAUGAGUAUGAUCUGACUACAGGAUCAGAAACAAAGGAAUUAUGUCAGCAACUGCAUACUUAGCUCUGCUUGUAUCUUUCUCUCAUGUGUGCAACAUUUCUGACAUGGAAAUACUUGUCCUCACAGCCUAAUGAAAACACUGGCAGAGCUUUAUAAAAAAAUCAGCAGAAUUUUCUUUCACUAGACCAUUGACUUCAGAAAGCAGUUAUUUGGAAAUAUUUUGCAAUAUUUUGUCUUCUUUGAGGUGAUAUACUUAAUUUUUAAAAUAUUUACAUCCACUUUAGCAAGAAUAUGAUCUUAAGCCCUUAAAUAAGGGACUGUGACUUGCAGUACACAUUCUUUCUUGGAAUUUCAGGAAGAAACAUAUCUUUUCUGGUCUAUAAAAUAAUUUAUUUUGUGUUGAAAAGGUUAAAAAGUGAGAUUAAAAGUGCCUGACAUCUUCACUCAAUAGGCCCUUGGCAGUACAAGGAUUGUAUUAUUGUGUUUAUCAUUGUUAGGGUUCAUUACUUCUGGCAUAACCUGGGAAGAUGCUUUUACCAGAAAUGGUUCUUAAAUCUUUUUAAGAUAAGCACUCAAAAGGGAAUAGUAAGAAAGAGACCAAAUACAGCAUAAUCUAGAAAAAGCUUUUUCUUAAAGUAAAAACCCCAUUAUUUCAAUAAACCAGAUUUUUCUUUCAGAAUGCCUUUAGCUAUCUCAGAAACAUUUUGAUGGAAAAUUGAAGUGUGACAAUUGGAAAAGACUGGUUUUAUGUCUCAUGGGAGGUGGUGUUUCUUAUGAUUUCUAUUCCUUUUUAUGUCUAAACUUCUGUGAGAUCUUAGACCAUGGAAUGACAUUAUUCACCACCUACUUUCUUUGUCCAAAGCUGGGAAACUUAGCCUGAUUGAUGAGACUACAAAAGAGGAUAAAAACAUAAGCAUAUGAUAAUUCAGCUGUGCAUCUUGGUGCAUUUUAUAAACUAGUAUUUUUAAGUUUUACACUGAAAAUUUUUAAUUUAUAACUUUGGUUUAUCAACAUUUUCUCCAAUAGAAUAAAAUCUGUUUAACCAGCUUCUCUGAAGUCAGUGAUUAUCAACAGGAGGAUGCACUUACUGCUUUUCAUGCUUCUUUCUGGAACUCAGGCCCGCUAUGAGCUCAGCUGGUUCUAAGAAGUGAUGCUGCAGUGCAGCAGAGGAGUGCUAUGAGUAUGACUGUGCUCCUCCUUCAGAAAUUCCAUGUCUAGUCUGAUAAGAAAUCACAUCUGAAUCUUUACCAUGACCAGCAAAUUAUUUCCCAUCAGAUUUUUUUUCUCAGCCUGACUUCAUUUUCAAGAAAAAUAUCGAGUGCACUGGUGGAAGAAAAGUGAUGGGUUGUGAUGCCUGACAAAUGCAGUCAUACCUUGGGCUGAGACGAGCCCUAAGCACUGACUGUACAGGCUCCCUCCCAAGUGCUCUGUUUACAACUGCUAUCCAUUUCAUCCCUGAGUCCUAAUUGCUCCUGUGGGGAAAAACCCCUAUAGAAGGCCUUCAGGAGGGCUCUGUCUUCCCUGACAGGUUUGGCAGAGGUGACCAAGUGAUAAAAACAUUGCUGGACGCUGGUCAGUGCGGGAUGGAUGUCAGUCACUGUCGCCUCAUAAUGUGAGAGGAGGGCUGCAUCUGGCAAGAGGAUAAUGGAAGCAGAUGGGAGUGAGGUAAAAGGGGAACAAAAAUGAUCAAAGGGGAAGGAAGUGCGGAGAAUUACAAAAUAUAAUGCUGAAGAGAAAUUAUAAAGACAACAAGCGAUGGGAAUAAGAGGAAUCUAGAAACGCUGAACAAAGAAAGAGGAAGAAAUAGGGAGACCAAAACACUAAAAAACAGAAAUACCAAAACCAGCAAAAAUGUUUGAUGAGAAAUAAAAAACUAGAUGCAAACAAAAGAAGGAAAUUUUGAUAGAAUUAAUGAGGAAAAAAUAUAUACUGACAAUGUAGGAUGGUCAUAAUGAAAAAAUUAAAUAGGUAACAUAAACAAUUUGAAUGUAAAUACAUAAUUUACAUUUUAUAGUCCAAAAGAAUAAUGAAGAGACUACAACUUCAGCUGAUGGCUAGAUUUUUGAAUUAGAUUAGACUGAUCUAAAUUUAACUGAAGGAACAUGGAAUCAUGUUGGAAGAACAUCGGGUUGCAUGCUGCCUUUCUUUUAGAAUUAAAAAAGGUGACAUACUGUGUCAUUUCAGAAGAAACUUGUGGAUUCUGGAACAACUCAGACAAUGUCUUUGCUUUCCCUAUCUUUAAAUAUUUUCUUUCCUUAAUUACUGGUGGCAUAAAACUAACAUGUGGUAAGAUUUGAAAACCACAAUUACCAUAUUAGCUAAGUGAGAGCAGAUUUCCUUUCAGAGCUCUAACAUAUGAACCAAAAAUAGCUAACAUACAGAUUAACAAAUAGCUGUGUGUUGAAAAGAACCAACUCUUUCCACUUGCCACAGUGUGAAGGUGAAGCACAAAGCACCUGUAAAGCUGACUGAUUGAAAGAAAUUGUGUUGAAAAGGUAAGUUGGACUACGUACCUUGUGGAAAUUUUGGAAUUCACCAAACAGUGAAUUCUUCACCUUCUGAAAGAUUGUUAUUUAUGCUGGAUAUUGAAUAUAUUACAGACUAAAAGCACAAGAUACAUUUAAAUUAGAAAGCACCUGAUUAUGGAACAAGGUGAGCAAUCGUUUUUGUGAAGAAUUAGCCUCUGAUUUAUCUUUAAUUAAGCAUUAAAAAUCUGAUGUGUACUUUGAUGACUCUCAUUCCAUAAAAAUGUUGAUAAUAUUCAGUUUCUUCAUAGCCUAAUCUUGAUAUUCCAAAGGUAAGUUGUUGUCUGAGAGAGAUGUUGGAAGCUGUUAUUAGAAGUAGAAGUGCUUGUCUGAAUAUGUAUUACAAUCAUGAUAGACUUGGUGAUUUGAAGUCACAGAUUUGUAAUGGAGAGGGAUUUUAUACUUCUGUUUCUCAUUAUUUGCUGGUUACGUGACUGCCAUGUGUUACAUUUGUCUUUGUGCAAUGAAGUUUGUUUUGCAAGACACAGAUCCACCUCUUCCCUCCCCAAGUUAUGAAAAAGAAGCACUAGAAAUGCUUCAGUGAAAUAUCCCACAAUGACAUAUCAGCAAAUUACAUUAGCAACAGAAUGUGUUCCUACUCUGAAUUUGCUGCUUUUAACAGGGCUUGAGCCCUUGUUUCAAGCUGUCAGAGACUGUGAAGAGGAAUCUGUGGUUUUCUACAGACAGUGUUUACAGAAUGUGAGUUCUCUGUAAACAGGAUCGAGGCUGCUAUAUGUAGCUGUGUUACUACAAAGAGAGUAACUCUCAGUUUAUCAGGAGUGAAUGUACUGUGCCUUGCAGCACUUGAGGGACAGAAGAUUUCAAAAUGAAGCUUGUGUUUUCUUUCUAAGAAAGUCCAGAAAGUACCUUCCAAACCUCAUCUCAAGUUAAUUAGAAGAUUUCCAUUAUUACAAUUUGACAUGAAAAUACCAAGUUAGCAAACCAGCACAAAAUUGCAGUUAAAAGUCAAAGCCCCUUUCAGGAACUGUUCAAAGGAUGGCCUGAAAACCUGUGAAAAUAGGGAUUGUUAUGAGUUAUAAAAUCAUAACUAAAAAGUGAAGAGUACUUCUCUGUUGUGAUUAAGGAUGUCUUGAAAGAUUCACAAGGACUUCUGUCUUCACCUCCUUGUCUCGGCACUGGAACUCCCACAUCUUCUUUCCUCUGUGUUACUGAACUUUAUAAAACCGUUUUCAAGUGCUUAACUAUGUUAUGGAUUUAAUCACAACCUGCUCCAGAUCUGUGAUGAUGGGGAGUGGUUUAGUCCAAACAGCAAUAACAAGGCCAAAUUAAUACUGUAGUGACCCUGCUAAAGUUAUUUGAGUCCCAGAUAGAUUUCCCAUUUUUUGCUUUGUAUGCGUCAAACAGUGAAGAUUGCUGUUCAGCAGUAACAAUCAAAACAUGCUUUCACCACAUAUGCAUGAACAUUUCGGUAAAACAAGACUCAUUUCAGGGGUUUCAGGUAUCUCUGUGUUGCUCCAUGCACAUGUAUUUGGUAAUAGCUGAAGUCUUGGAUCCUGUGAAAAUGAGCCAUUGAGAAAAUGACAUGUGCCUGCUUAGAUUAUUAUGAAGCAUUACGACAUGGUGCUUUAAAUGAAGCAGUUCUCCUUUUGACACCAGGCAGUGUUUUUGUUCCAUUCACUGGGUGUGGUCAGUGCAAAGAAGCACCAAACUUAAGCUGGUAGGGAGCCACUGCUCCUGUGAUACACUCUGUUUUAGGAAAAAAGUGAGUGAGCAGAACUUCUGUCAUCCUGCAUUUCUUUAGGUCCAGUGUUCUAUUAAUUUAAUCGUAUCUUGGAAUUUUACAAGACUGUCUGUAUUUAUGCUAUUUUACUUUUUUUUUUUUUUUUUUUUUUUUUUUUUUUUUCCCCUUCCUGCUAAUGGAAACAUCUAAGUUGUGUUCAAACCUGGGUCUGGAAAAGAAAUGUUCUAGGUUUUAAAAUUUAGGAAUUGUGAAAUUAAAUUAAAAUUAGUUUCAGCUAGCUUUAGCAACAUACUUGAACAGCGUGAACAUGAACAGCAAAUGUUUGUGUCAAACAGGCAAAUGCAACCACAUUUUACUUAUCUACCUGCAUUUACACAUUUUGUGUUAGCAGAUCUGGACAAACAUUUAGGUUGCGUGCACCUUGACAUAUAACAGAUUACUAUUUUUUUUUCUUCUAAAACAGCUGCUAGUCAAUUUGGCAAUUAUUACUUGUCUCACUUCACAGUUUUACUCUAUUUAAAUUUAAAUGAUUGAUUUAAAUGAUUGAUGUUGAAACUACUCAUCUGCAUGACAUUAAGUGCACCCUUUGCAAAACCAGGUCAUCAUUAAGGACAUUUCUGAGCACAAUGACAAUUAACACCCUGCUUAUUAUGAUUCUGAUUCUAGCUCGAUAAUUUUAAAAAUAAUAUAAUUACAUAGGUAGACUAAUAAGUAAAUUAAUAACAUAUUUGUCUCCAGCUUGAAUGUUUUCAGCACAGCAACAUUUUCCUUUACAUAAAAAAACAGGUUAUUGCUGUUGCUUGUGAGGAGGAAGUGGUGGUUAUUCCAAUUUAACUCUGUAUCUUUAACUAAUGCUGUUAUUUCUUGUUUUCUAAAUUAGAGUGUACUCUUGUUGAAGCUGAUAAAUGUGCUUGAGGCAGCCAAAAGAGUCACACAUCCUCUUUCACCUGGCCUUCAGACGAUUUUCAAAUCACAAAUACUUAGGAAAAUAUUUUGAGAUCCUUCUGAGCAUAUUUUUCUGAGAAGUGUACUGCCAAAAUGAAUUUUACAGACCUUCAUUCCACAGAUUACCCCUACUAUUCAGACUAUGUUAAUCUGAUCACAUCGCCUUGUUCUAAGCAGGAAGUCAGGAAUUUCACAAAAGCAUUUCUGCCAGUUGCAUAUUCAUUGAUUUGUAUCAUCGGCCUCUUUGGUAACAUCUUUGUGGUGAUGACCUUCGCUUUAUAUGAAAGAGCCAAGUCCAUGACGGAUGUGUACCUCUUCAACAUGGCCAUAGCAGACAUACUGUUUGUUCUUACUCUUCCACUGUGGGCAAUGAAUUACGCCACUGAUGAAUGGAUUUUUGGUGAUUUCAUUUGCAAAAUGACUAGAGGUAUCUAUGCAAUCAACUUCAGCUGUGGCAUGCUGCUUUUGGCCUUUAUCAGCGUGGACCGGUAUAUUGCUAUCGUACAGGCAACAAAGUCUUUUAAACUCAGGGCAAGGACUCUCGCACAUAGUAAACUCAUUUGUUUGGCUGUGUGGAUAUCAUCAAUUCUAAUCUCUAGUCCCUCUUUUCUGUACAGUGAAAGUUACAGCUUCUCCAUUAAUGAAACCAAAGAGAUUUGUGACCACAGAUUUGGCAGGAUUUCUGAAAGCACGAUGCUGAAAUCGCUGCUGUUAUGGCUACAAGUUGCAUUUGGAUUUUUUAUACCUUUCAUAUUCAUGAUUUUUUGCUACACCUUCAUUGUCAAAUCCUUACAACAAGCUCAGAAUUCCAAAAGAAACAAAGCAAUUCGUGUGAUUGUAUUAAUUGUAGCUGUUUUCCUAAUUUGCCAGGUACCCUAUAACAUUGUUCUUCUGAUAACAGCUGUCAACAUGGGCAAGAUUGACAAAUCUUGUGACAAUGACAAGAUAAUGGCUUAUGCAAAAUACACCACUGAAGCCAUAGCAUUUUUACACUGUUGUGUGAACCCUGUGCUCUAUGCGUUUAUUGGAGUGAAGUUCAGAAGUUAUUUUGUGAAGCUAAUGAAAGACUUAUGGUGCAAGAGGCACAAGAAAGACAAUAAACGUAAUUCAAGGACAAACUCUGAUACUUAUCAUUCAAGACAGACUAGUGAAAUUCUGACUGACAAUGGAUCAUCUUUUACUAUAUAACACAAUUUGAACAACAUUAGUACUGAAGGACUCUUCUCACCAAGAAACCCAAACCAAUGUCACUGUGCAUGUGACAGCAAGUAAUCUGAGCUUCUCUGUGCCUCUAAAUGAGAUCCAAUGAUCUACACCUCUUUUCAGGAAACUAAUUUAGUUAAAGGAAUAAUACUGUCCUGUGUAAAACUAAAACCUUAUUCACUCCUCUUAAUGCUCUUCUAAACUGCAUCCUCUUGGAAUUAUAAAGUGAAGUUUAAAGAGGAACCCUUGUCGUUGUGUAAGGAAAAAUUGCAUCUCAUCUGUCCUACAACACUGAAAUAUCCCCAAAAUGUUAAGUAAAUGAAUAAGGUUCUACACUCUUUCUUACAUUUAUUGUUAAUAAUUGUUUCUUUUAAUUACUUCUACCUGGAAAUCCUAGUGAAGUGUGGCUCUCCACUGUGCUAAUUUUGCAGACAGGUCACAUUGUGACAAUAUUAACCCAAAGAGAUAGCAUUUGAGCAAAGCAUGACAAGGAAUGCAAACUGCAGAAUGAAAAAACAGGCUCAGGACUGCUGACAUAGCUGGGCUGAGGUGCUUGGUCUUGUAAAUCUUUGCCCAGUGCUAUUCUGAGCAAAGAGUGAAGCUUUACUAGAGUUUCCUCUCAUUGGUUGGCACAGGAUUCAGAUGCUGGAAUCCAACAAAGCUGAUAACCUGAUGAAUAUCUCUUUGUGAAAGGUUGCCUCUUUCUACCUGAAAUUCACACUCUACUUUUUAAAAGGCAACUAAUUGGAUAAAACUGCAAUUAUUCCAACACAAUUUGUUGGGAUGCGAAUGGUGACAAAAUAUGAAGCAUUUCUUUGCAUUUAGCUACCGCUAGCAAAGAUUUCUUAGGAAUACAUUUACCAGCUCAAAUAUGCAUAUAUAUAUAGUUUCAGAAAUUAGUUAGAAGUUAUUGUCUUAAAAAAGAGCAGAAUGUGACUUAAUUCAGCCAAAAUUUUUACUGAGUCAGUAUUUGACUCACUAUGAAUAUAGGAAUAUUUAUAAUAAAUGCAAUUAGUUUUACCUAGCCUUGACUCUUCAGCAAAUCUUCAGUGGAUCUUCUGCUCAUUGAGUGAGCUUUACCACUGUUGCAGUCACUGUGGGACAGUGAGGUAGCCAGAAGCAUGUGUUGAAGAUCCCUUGUGGAUAUCAUUAAUGGGACACAUGAAAUUAGUACUGCUUUGGCUGGUACAAUCCAUCCUUUUUUCCACUGCAGUGUCAGGUUUUUAAAUAUCAGUACCAGAUAUGAUAAAGAUUGCAUAUAUUUAUCAUAACUGAAUAGCAAUUUUGCAAGAAUAUCAUAGAAAAUUUUGUAAAUACAGAUGUAUGCAUUUGCUGUACAUAGCAAAGAUGAUUUUCUGGAAAGAAUUCAGCAAAUAAAAAAUGCAACUGAAAAGGAAAA